UUUCCGGUGUAGCCGCAGCUGUUUUCGGCUCCAAAAUGACCAAACUCCAGCUGCUGAACGCUUACCUGACGGAGCGGCUGACCGUGGUGGUGAAGGAGAUCCUGGACGUGGUGGAGGACACGGUCACCGAGUACCGGGAGGAGGCCGCCAGAACCAAGCGGGAGAACGAGAGCCUGCGGAGGCAGCUGCGGGACAUCCUGCUGCUGGAGGCCGAGACCGAGUGGCUGAGAUCCACCAGGUCCAGUCUUGGUUUUGUGGCUCCUGAGCAGCAGUCCAGUGACCCGGAGCUGAGGCCCUGCCCAGAGGAGCCGGACUCCACCCUGAAGCCCCGGCAGCCUCCGGCUACCACGGCCAACCAGACUCAUGAGCAGGUGGUGUCUGUGCAGCUGCUGUCGGUCCAGAAACAGAGUCCUCCUCCCGGACCCAUCCUCCUCCCGGGGGACGAGGAGCCGGCCGAGACCUGGGAGCCGGUUCUGAAGCCUGAGCCUCAGCAGGAAGUGAUGAACAAGGCGUCACCUGUUCGCUCUCACUCCUCCCUGAAUCCUCCGCCCGCCUCGGGCCCCAUAGUCCAUGUGGAGGUUCCAGCGCUCAGAGAGGAGCCGCAGGUUCCUGCUGUGAUCAAAACCGAACCCGAGGACUUCAAAGUGACCGAACCUGAAGGUCACACGGACUCUCUGACGGCGACCGCACUCACUCACGCCACACAGGAGGAGUCCGGCUUCAGGAGCAGCGAUGCAGACAGGACGGUGGUGGUGGUGCGUGCAGACCGACACGACGCUCAUCGAAACAAGGCGUCUUCUCAGGAGAAGCUGACGGUCUCGGUCGAUGAUGUCACAGUCGCCGGUUUUCCCCCUGAGCUCGUCCAUCGCUGCCCCCGCUGCGGCGAGGCGUUCAGCCAGGCCGCCAGCCUGCGCCUCCACCUGGAGCAGAAACGGAAGACCUACGCCUGCGAGUGGUGCUGCAAGUCCUUCGCGCAGUCGGCGGACCUGCGGCGCCACCUGCGCACGCACACGGGCGAGAGGCCGCACCGCUGCACCUUCUGCUCCAAGAGCUUCAGCCAGAGAGGAAACCUGAGGCGCCACCUGAGGAUCCACACGGGGGAGCGGCCGUACAGCUGCCCGUACUGCUGCCGCACCUUCAGCGACGGAGACACCAUGAAGAAACACAAGCGCACGCACUCGGGAGAGAAACCGUACCGCUGCGUCCAGUGCUCCAAGACCUUCACCACCUCCAGCGGCCUGCAGAUACACCUGAAGAAGGACAUGUGCUUCGUGGCUAACGCCUGAUUGGUCGGACGCCGCAGGGAGGUGGAGUCACUUAGCAGAAACAUCCGCAGACGAGCUUCCUGUUUGAAGACGUCGAGCAGCAGGGGGUAGAAAACAUGUUGGGACAUUUUCACUAGAGCUGAAACAAUAAGACAGAAAAUAAUCAGCUGUUUUGAUCAAUUAGUCGAUCAAUUAGUUUUUAUGUAAAAAUACCAAAACGUUUUAGUUCCAGCUUCUCACUGUAUUUGAUGAUAAACUGAUGAAAACUGUUACUAUUUUCUGACACUUUACAGAUUAAUUAAUUAAUCCAUCAGUUAAUUAAUUAAUUGAGAAAAGUAGUCAUAGAAGUAAAAUCAAGUAUUUAGUAACUUGCUGAGAACUUUCCUGACAUGUCGCUGUGAUUUGAAGUUGAAGACACGAAAACAACGUCACAUUGUUGGUUUGUUUUCUGCGGCGGAGCGUUCGGGUCACAUGAGGAAAAAUCUGAAAUUACAAGAAUACAGUUGUAAUUUUGAGAAUAGAAUCAGAAUAUUUCAAGAAAAAAAGUCACAAUAUGAGAAUAAAGUUGUAAUUUUAGGUUCUGUGUCAUUUUAGAGGGAAACAGCAGAAGCUUUAAAACGAGGGACGUGGAGCAUCAUCAUCAUCAUCAUCAUCAUCAUCAUCAUCAUCAUCAGGACAUUGAAAAGAUUGUGAAGCAACUGAGUCUGUUCUAUUGUUAGACAAACAGCAGCUGCCAGUGACCGUCCUCUCACUCGUUUGAUUGGUUGUUUAUAAUCGUCCUAAAAAUUUUACAUUUUUAAUCCUCGUCAUAUUAAGAUUUUAAUUCUCGAAUUUUCAGAUUUCUAUUUUUUCCCUCAGUGUGGCUCUAACGCUUCGUCGUAGUUUUCUACCCCCUUUGUGCAGAAACUCGUCUACUUCAUCAUGAGGAUGCGACUGAGCGUUCAGGUGGGGGCGGAGCUGUCGCACCUGGACAGGCAGCCAAUGACGAGGAGUCCAGGGAAACUGUUUACCUGAAUGGGACACGAUGGAGUCGUGUUUUAUUUGGCAGCUGCACAGUUGCACUGACUGACAUCAUCCACGCCUUCAUAUUAAUUUAUCUAUUUAUUUACGAGGACGGACUGACGCGUCCUGCCGGAUGAAGACGUGUGCAGAGGAUGUCAAAAACAAGAUCCACAUCAGAAACAUGGACAGUCAUCGCUGAAAUAAACUACAUCAUUCCUACAAUACAUUUCACUGAGCUGCCACUUUAUGAGGUACACCCCCACCUUCCUACAGACUCUACGGCCCAGGCAGAGCUAGAUCAGACAGAUCAGUGAUACCUUAUUGAUCCCAGUGUGAAAAAUAAUCCACAAGUGACGUCGAGAGGACGACAGAUGCAGAAAUGAAGGAUCAGCUGUAAAACCAUCGUCUGCAUCGUCAGAAUUUGAUCCCGUCUCAAAGAGCACAAUCAAUAAAUUAUCUCAGCUGUUUGAGACGAGUUUAGGGAACGGCCGACUCAAGUGCUCAUGGGAAAUCCUCGCUGUGACAGCAAAGCCUCUAAAGGUUGAAAUCAGCUGUUUCCACCUCUGCACAUCUGGUUGUUUUAUCUCUAUCCAGACACUCGGACGCGUCGCGCCGCUGCUACAGUCCAAUGAAAGUGAUGAUUGAUCCACAUGUGACGUUAACCGGGUCGUGACAGAGCAGCGACGUGUCCGACUUCCUGUCUGAGCUGGUUUUAAUGUGAACACGCCGACGAUCAGGAUCCGGUCGUACAAAACACCUUCAGUUAAGAUUUUCCUUAAAGUCUGAGUGAAAGUUUCCUUAAAAUAAAAACAGUUGCAAAAACACCCUUAAGUUUUCUCCUCAAGGUUUCCCUCAGAAAUAUUCACUGAGGUAUUUAAGCUUUUCUCCUUCUCUUAGUCUUUAACUUCAGGAAUCACUUAACGUCAGUCAAACCGCUGAAAAAAGCCCUUAGCAACUAAAGUUCACCUGCUUCUCAAGGUCUCAUCAAUGAUAACAGGUCGGCCUAUCACAGGUGCUAAUGGCAGCAAAUAAACGGUCUCCAUGGAAACAGUAGAAAUUUCCUGCUGUAAAAUGUCUUUCACUGCUGUAAAUUACUUAAUGAGUUUCAAUAACAGGAAACCUUUUAAAUUAUUCUGUGCAACACCCUUAAGUGAGAGGAGAAAUUAAACCUUAAGUGUUAAACUGAAGGUGUUUUGUGCAACUGGUCCCCUGGUAAACAGACGAUGACGUCAUCGCUUUGUCUCAUACAGGCAGCAACAACAACAACGUAAAGAGGUCAGAGGUCAGAGGUGUACCUAAUAAAGUGGCAACUCAUUGUUGACAUUGAUAACAUGGAGGUAUUUAAAGUCAAACACAUGACGAUGUUUGUGGUUCAGAUGUUUGAAAAUGUGACUUUUCAGAGACUGAAGCGUCACGUGAUCAGCGGCGGGCGGUUCAGCAGCAGCAGACGACCACUUCCUGUCCAGGUGACAGGUGUGCGUUUGAUGUAGCAGGUGCAGCUGGAAACUGUGCUCUGUUUCUGUGGGCUGCUUUUCCAGACGAGAAGAGACUCUCCUGCGGCUGCUACAAUACUGAAGAUACAAUAAUAUAUUAUUAUUUAUUUUCCUCUCGUAGAUUUUAUCAGUGUUAGACGGCCUGAUCUCGCUCCUGCAAACGCUUCAGAGGCAGUGAUUGUAAAGCAUGAUGGGAAACUGCUUCAGAUUGAGUGACGAUUUUCAGAAGAAGAAGAAGCCUGUGAACAGACUGGAGGAGCGGUCAGUGAACGUGACAGAGACUUUUCUGUGUCAUUAUCAGUAUUUUGUAUUCAUGUGAAACAUCUUGGAUUUUUAGCCAAAAUAAAUGUUCAGUGAAA